AAUGAUGCCACUUCACUCUAGCCCAGAUCGCUCAUUUAGAAAGUGGAUGUGUGGGGUAACAUGUCCAGUGUGUCCGAGGAAAGAAGAAAAAGGCAGCAGAACAUUAAGGAAGGACUGCAGUUUAUCCAGUCACCGCUGUCAUAUCCAGGAACACAGGAACAAUAUGCGGUAUAUUUGCGGGCUCUUGUGAGAAAUCUUUUUAAUGAAGGAAAUGAUGUUUAUCGGGAACGUGAUUGGAGUAGCUCAAUAAGCCAGUACACAGAAGCUUUGAAUAUAGCUGAUUAUGCAAAGUCUGAAGAAAUUUUAAUCCCUAAAGAAAUAAUUGAAAAACUACAUAUAAAUCGUAUUGCCUGCUAUUCUAAUAUGGGUUUCCAUGAUAAAGUUUUAGAAGAUUGCAAUACAGUCCUCAGCUUAAAUGCCAGUAACUGCAAAGCUCUGUAUCGGAAAUCUAAGGCUUUAAGUGAUUUAGGAAGAUACAAAGAGGCUUACGAUGCUGUAGCAAAGUGCUCCUUGGCAGUGCCACAGGAUGAACAUGUAAUAAAACUAACUCAAGAACUAGCUCAGAAACUGGGAUUUAAAAUAAGAAAAGCAUAUGUUAGAGCUGAGGAAAGGAAAAACUCUGGAGCCCUCUUCGAGUAUCUGUCCACCUCAACUUCUAGAGAGGGAACAGCGCUUAACAACAGUAAUUCUUCCCUUUUACUUAUGAAUGGACCAGGUAGUUUGUUUGCUUCUGAGAGUUUCCUGGGAAUUUCAAGUCAGCCUAGAAAUGACUUUGGAAACUUUUUUGGAAGUGCAGUUACCAAACCGUCUUCAUCAGUGACUCCAAGACAUCCUCUCGAAGGAACUCAUGAAUUGAGACAAGCUUGCCAGAUCUGUUUUGUAAAAUCAGGCCCUAAGUUAAUGGACUUCACUUACCAUGCUAAUAUAGAUCAUAAGUGUAAGAAAGAUAUUUUAAUUGGUAGGAUAAAGAAUGUUGAAGAUAAAUCAUGGAAAAAAAUACGUCCAAGACCAACAAAAACAAAUUAUGAAGGACCAUAUUAUAUAUGUAAAGAUGUUGCUGCUGAGGAGGAAUGUAGAUAUUCAGGCCACUGCACAUUCGCUUACUGCCAAGAGGAGAUCGAUGUCUGGACGCUGGAGCGGAAAGGGGCCUUCAGUCGUGAGGCUUUUUUUGGUGGCAAUGGAAAGAUCAACCUUACUGUGUUCAAACUUCUCCAGGAGCAUCUUGGAGAAUUUAUAUUUCUUUGUGAGAAAUGUUUUGAUCAUAAGCCUAGAAUGAUAAGUAAAAGAAAUAAAGAUAAUUCUACUGCUUGUUCUCACCCGGUUACAAAGCAUGAGUUUGAAGACAAUAAGUGCCUUGUCCACAUUUUGCGGGAGACAACAGUAAAAUACUCCAAAAUACGUUCUUUUCAUGGUCAGUGUCAGCUUGAUUUAUGUCGACAUGAGGUUCGCUAUGGCUGUUUGAGGGAAGAUGAGUGCUUCUAUGCCCACAGUCUUGUGGAAUUGAAAGUCUGGAUAAUGCAGAAUGAAACAGGUAUCUCACAUGAUGCUAUUGCUCAAGAAUCUAAACGAUAUUGGCAAAAUUUGGAAGCAAAUGUACCGGGAGCACAGGUACUUGGCAAUCAAAUAAUGCCUGGAUCUCUUAAUAUGAAGAUAAAAUUUGUGUGUGCCCAGUGUCUGAGAAAUGGUCAAGUCAUUGAACCAGACAAAAACAGAAAAUAUUGUAGUGCAAAAGCAAGGCAUUCGUGGACCAAAGAUCGUCGUGCGAUGAGAGUGAUGUCUAUUGAACGUAAGAAGUGGAUGAACAUCCGUCCUCUCCCCACAAAGAAACAAAUGCCUUUACAGUUUGAUCUGUGCAACCAUAUUGCUUCUGGGAAAAAAUGUCAAUAUGUUGGAAACUGUUCCUUUGCGCAUAGUCCUGAGGAGCGAGAAGUGUGGACUUACAUGAAGGAGAAUGGGAUACAAGAUAUGGAGCAAUUUUAUGAACUCUGGCUAAAGAGUCAAAAAAAUGAAAAAAGUGAUGAUGUAGCCAGUCAGUCAAACAAGGAAAAUGGAAAACAAAUUCACAUGCCAACAGAUUAUGCUGAAGUUACUGUGGACUUUCACUGCUGGAUGUGCGGGAAGAACUGCAACAGUGAGAAGCAGUGGCAGGGCCACAUCUCCUCCGAGAAGCACAAGGAGAAGGUUUUCCACACCGAGGACGACCAGUACUGCUGGCAGCACCGCUUCCCAACGGGGUGUUUCAGUAUUUGCGAUAGGUAUAUGAACGGCACCUGCACAGAAGGAAGCAGCUGUAAAUUCGCACAUGGCAAUGCUGAACUUCACGAAUGGGAAGAAAGAAGAGAUGCCCUAAAGAUGAAGCUCAACAAAGCCCGAAAAGAUCACUUAAUUGCCCCAAAUGAUAAUGACUUUGGAAAAUAUAGUUUUUUGUUUAAAGAUUUAAACUAAUAUGCUGGCUUUUAUGUAUGUUACCUAAUCAGAGCAUUGACCAGAAAAAUUGAAAGUGUUCUAAGGCACGUAGCAGAGGAGCUGCGGAUUUUCUGCUUGUAUUGGCGUAUAUCGUUCCUCCUGAGCAGCAACCCACAGUAGGUAGGAAAAUGGGCUGUUUCACAGGUCUGGCCACGCUCUCACGGAACCAUUGGCAUCAAAUGGCGAAGUGACUGCUACCCGGUUGCCAUCUGUUGAACAGACUUUUGGAUGAAGUGUGUUGGGGAAGAGGAUAAGGUUAUAUCUAGGACAGCUCUUUGAGUUGGUCCUUCAUAUAAGAACCAUGACGGCAAGAGAAUAUAACACUUGUACUGGGAUCAGAACACAUGGUGGAUCAAAUUCUUUACAUGUUUUAGCGGAAUGAAUUUGUUUAAUAUAAUAAAGUUUGCCACUUAUCUGUAUGUAGGUUGCUAAAAAGGAUUUUCUUAACCCAGAUUUUAAGCCAAAUAACCAUUUAACACUAGUAUAUGUUAAAUGGGGUAUUUUUCUGUAUUUGUAUGUUUCAUUAUAAUAAGGGAACUGAGGAUAAUGUGCAUUGAGAAUAUUUUGAAAAAUAAUCAGUUGACUCAAAUUUUAUUUCUUGGUCUUUUGCUGUUUAAAUGAUGAUUUUGAAAGAUUAAACUUGUACUGUUGGUAUUGUGUAGUGUACGGACCAAUAUUGCCUGUAAUAAAGAUUUUAUAUAUAGAUG